CGAACCCAAUAAAAACAAAAACAAUAAAAAUGAAAGACGUUGAAACAGAGCAACUCAAGUUUAGUCAAAACAACAAAUUGAAGCAAAAUUAAUGUUCCGUUGUUCAUUAUCAAACCCAAAAACCCGUUUCCAACCAUAAAUAUAACGCCGUUCUAGACUGUUUCUCUAAUUCCUUCCAAUUAAACAAAAAUAACAAAGUCCCAACUUAAUCUCAAAGUCCUUGCAGCAUUUCGGUUCACUACCAUUCCAUCAUCUCUCCCAAAAAAAUCAUUUAUAAACAUCUCAUCACACGACCAAGAACAAGAUACACGAACAAGAACACAAACACAAAUCACAAAGAAGGUAGUAAUUCGUGAAAAUGGAAGGUGAAAUCGAGAGCCAAAUUCAGCAGGUAGCGCCUGGCGAAGGGCUGCUGCAAGCGAUCCAACAGCCAUUACUGGAAAAUGCCUUAACAAUGGCUUCAAAGCCAACAAAAACACCAGCCCAAAAAGCCAUUAGAAAGACAUUCAAAGGAACAGCCCAUUUAGCCAACCUCCUUCCCACAGGCACUGUCCUCGGCUUCCAAAUUUUGUCCCCAAUUGUCACACACCAAGGUCAUUGCAAUACCCAUGUCAGCCAAACCAUCACCCUAGGCCUCAUUUUGCUCUGUGCCAUCUCCUGUUUUUUCCUCCUCUUCACCGACAGUUUCCGGGACAAACGUGGCAAAGUCCGAUACGGGGUUGCCACGUUUCAAGGCUUGUGGGUUAUUGAUGGCUCAAUAACCCUUCCCAAAGAAGAAGCCGCUAAAUACAGGCUUCACUUCAUCGAUUUCUUUCAUGCCUUCGCUUCUCUUUUGGUUUUUGUAGCUGUUGCUUUGUUUGAUGAAAAUGUGGUCAAGUGUUUCUACCCAAUGCCGUCUGAUGAAACAAGGGAGCUCUUGGUUGUGUUGCCUGUUGGAAUUGGUAUCUUAUGCAGCUGCUUUUUUAUUGUUUUUCCUUCUAAACGACAUGGCGUUGGAUUCCCCCUCUCUCGUGAAUAGCCAACCCAAUUUCCCAUUUCAAACUACCAACUAAU